AAGAAGGCGGGGCACCACGUUAGUUAGUGGUUAUUGGCAGUACUUAGUAUUUCGUCCACGACAGGCUAGCAGUAGGUUGUCAACAGUUAAAUCUCUGAAAUGAACGGUUUGGACGAGGAACCAAUGGCGCCACAGACGUUUCUUUACGGGUGUGUGCUCGAAUCUGGAAAAGAGGUGGUGUUCAAUCCUGACGACGAUGACUUUGAGCAUCAGCUAGAUCUAAGGAUGGCCUGUGUGGACCCCAGCACAAAAGAUGAACUUCACAUGGUGGAGGUGGAAGGACAAGACACAGAGGGUCAGAAAAUCAAGGCAGCACUGGUUUCACUCAGGCCCUCAACCCUUCCAAGUGUGUGUCUCGGUGGUUUCACAAUCACGCCCCCAGCAGUUUUCCGUCUGAAGGCAGGUUCUGGUCCGAUCCAUAUCAGUGGACAACACCUUGUCAUGAUGGAAGCUGAUCAGUCUUUUUAUGAAGACGACGACGAUGAUGAUGAGGAAGAGGAAGAUGUCAAAACAUCAAAGAAAAGACCUGCUUCCUCCCCCGCCCUCAAGUCUCAGAAAAAAAUGAAAAUGGACGUGGAGGAUGAUGAUGAUGACGAUGACGAAGACGAUGAUGAUGAGGAUGAUGAGGAUGAUGAUGAUGACGAAGAUGAUGAGGACGAGGAGAGCGAGGAAGAAGAAACACCUGUUAAGGCCAAGCCAACACCAUCCAAAAAAGCCCCUGCCCAGAAUGGCAAGAGCUCUAAAGCCGGCACUCCAGCCGCAAAGCAGGAAAAGACGCCUAAAGGAAAGGGUGAGAAGUCACCUAAAACCCCACCAACCCCAAAGGGAAAUUUAACAAUUCCUGAGAUUAAGGACAAGUUGAUGGAGGCCGUGAAGAAGGGAGUGACGCUGCCUAAAGCCCAGCCCAAGUUUGAGAACUUUGUGAAGCACAGCUAUAAAGUAUCAGACGGCAAGGCUGUUGCAGAGCUGUGGAAGUGGAGACAGACAGUGAAGGAUCCUAAAUAACAGUCUCAGUAGUUUUAUGUCUUUUUAUGACUUGUUUGUACCCAUAACACCUCUCAAACCCUUUGAAGCCAAACUCCGUGCCUCACACUUGUCAAUUCAUUCAAAGUCUAGUCCAUCUCCAGCUGCCCUUCUGUAUGAAGACACUAGAGAGGUGGUGAUGUGGAUGGUGACAGUGCACUGGCAUCUUUCCAACUCCAUCACCCUCUCAUCAGGGCAGAGAAACUAUUUGGUUUGUUCAAUAAACCCUUGGAGAACCAAAUUACAAAUUUGCAUCUUUGUAAAUGUGUAAAUAAAAUUCUCGCUAGAUUGUCAACACCUGAUAUGGAGGAUAUCUUCAUGUGUUUUUUAUAUUUACAGUAAAGGUUGAUUUGGCCUCAUGCAGGGACAAUAAAAAUGUACCUAUUUGAAGUUCAAUAAACAUUAACUUCAAAUCUAUUUUCAACAGCCAAUAAAACAUCAGCUAAUGGCCAUGGUCGCAUUAUUUGUCAGAUUUGGUAAAGCUGAAUAUUUGGCUGACAUCAGCAGUGACCAGAAUAUUGAUAUUGAUCUAGCAAUAUUGAUUUGUCUGAUGCCAUUAUGAACAUAAACACUCUGCACUUUUUGAAAACACAACUCCUGUUGGGUGUGUUUGAAUGUUUAUGCUAUUGUGAGAUUCCUAAGGUAAAGAUCCCAUGACGCCAAACUGUCCACUUUGCUUGUUUGAGACACUGUUGUAUGAGAAUUUUUUUUCUCCCUGUACAUUUUCAAACAUCUUACCGUCCGGAAAUAAUCAGCCAGUUCUUGGGCAACAAGUUGCAUUGACUUUCAAGGGCUAAAUGUCAGAAGUGAAGCACCCCACACAUUUCAGCAGCAUUGGUCUAAGUUUAGAUUUGUCUGACUGCAUUGUGUUGUCUUAACUACUGAUAACAAGCCAAAUGUUGAGUACUUAGUCUGUAAGUGACUGAAUGCAUGAAGGAAUUAGCAAUGAGUUGUUUCGUUUUUGUUUGAGAGUUGCUUAUAACCUUCCAAACCUAUAAAUGCAGAUUUGGAGAAUUCAUGGAAAUGUUCCAUGUCAUAAUGUUCGAAGAAAUUCCAACCUGUACUCAAGUUGAAUAAAAUUUUGUGCUCAUUUGACCUGUGAAAGUUAUAUUUAAAAUGUUAAUGCAUGAGGCCUGUUACAGCAGAAGAUCAUUCCAUGUUCUGGAGAAACAAGUGUAAGUUUGUAUGAUUGAAACUAUGCUGUGGGUUUGGGUGGACUAUCCCAAGAUUGAUGAAAUAAAAAUAUAAUGUGGA